AUGAUUUCAGUGGGUCUUAUUCGAAAGUUGGUUUUUUUUAUGGUUUUUUUGUUUGUUUGUUUUUUUUUUUUUUUUUGA